UGUGUGGCCGGAUUGCGUGCGCACGCGCGCAGGGCCCACGUGCGGCUCUCGACUCUGCCGGGUCGGGCUCCGCCUCCGCCCGGCGCCUCUCGGUCCGGUCCCGCCCCACGAUGGGCUCGGGUCCGGCAGCGGGCACCGUGCGGGCACGCUACCUCGUGUAUUUCCAGUAUUUGGGCACAGACUUUAACGGUGUCGCGGCCGUCAGGGGCGCCCAGCGCGCCGUCGGGGUCCAGAACUACCUGGAGGAGGCCGCAGAGAAGCUGAAAUCGGUCGUGCCGGUCAAGUUCGUCAUCUCCAGCCGCACGGAUGCUGGGGUCCACGCCCUGAGCAACGCUGCGCAUCUGGACGUCCAGCGCCGCUCAGGCCAGCCGCCCUUCUCACCUGAGGUCCUGACCCAGGCCCUCAACACCCACCUGAAGCACCCCGCCAUCAGGUGCGCACCACUCUGCGCUCCCUCGUCCACCGCGGGUAGAGGUGGGGGUCAAAAAGGACUGCGUCUGGACAGAACUUCUUGGGGUAAUGGCACACUUGUGGGCCGUCCUCCCUCUGGUGUGCCUGACCUUACUCCCACAGGGUCCUGCAGGCCUUCCGUGUGCACAGCGACUUCCAUGCCCGCUACGCAGCCACAUCCAGAACCUACCUGUACCGCCUGGCCACCGGCUGCCCCCGGCAUGACCAGCUGUCUGUGUUUGAACGAAACCGAUGCUGGGCCUUGCGGGCAGAUUAUUUGGAUGUGGCCGCCAUGCAGGAGGCCGCGCAACACCUCCUGGGGACUCAUGACUUCAGCGCCUUCCAAUCGGCCGGCAGCCCAUCCGCUAGCUCAGUGCGCACAUUGCGCAGAGCCUCCGUGUCCCCUGACCCAGCCAGCCCCUUUGUCCUCCCCCAGGAGAGCAGUUUCCCUUAGGGGUGGAUGGUCAGUGGAGGCCCCCGGAGUGGAAGAGAGGUUGGGAACCAGGCUUUCCUGGUCCCCUGCACUGCCUAGUCUUCUUCCCUUGCCUGGGGCCAAACUGGGCUGGGACAUCACAGGCACUUGUGUCCCCAGAAGGUUGCGGUUCUGGACUCUGGAGUUUGAGAGCCAGUCCUUUCUGUACAGACAGGUGCGGAGGAUGACAGCGAUCCUGGUGGCUGUGGGGCUGGGGACUUUGACACCCACUGAGGUGAAGGUGAUUCUGGAGAGCCGGGACCCCCUGGGCAGGCACCAGACACGUGUGGCCCCAGCCCAUGGCUUGUUCCUGAAGUCGGUGCUAUACGGGGGCCUCAGGGACCUUGGUAAGAGGAGGUGGCCUGGGGAGGUCCCUGUUUAUACCCCACUGAUUGGCCCUCUCCCUAGCCUGGGUCCUUGCUGGAGAUCUUCGUGGCAGUGCUGUCACAGCCCUCAUGUCGUUCUAACAGCCGGGAAUCCAUCCUGCGCUCAGCAGGAAAGCCAGGGGCCAGAGGGCAGGGAGGCCCCAGGUCAGCCAGAAGACCACAGGCGGGAGACCAACGACCCAAAGGCAGGCGGCCUGGAGUGAGGUGCGGGUUCCCCCGCCCCAGGUCCUGCCUCCAGCAGCCCCUGAACUUCUGUCCUCAAGUGCUCUGUGGGGUCCAUAGCACUGAAACUACAGAUGACCCCCCAGAUGCCCAGCUAAGGUCAGGGCAGCCAGGCUCACUAGGCUGGGCCACAGCAGGCCUCCUGCCUCCCCAAGUCUCUGCUGCCCUGUGUGCUCCAGGUGGGCUGCCCCAAGGGUGUGUACCGAUCAGGUGUGAACACCCAGAAGGGAAUAUAUACAAGCAGCCCUCAUUUCUGUUUGUUCUGGAAAUUAAUACACCGGGCCCAGAAAUAGAAAUAAAAGGUGAAGAGGUC